ACCACGCUGCCGCUUUACGUGCCCUUACGUCAUGACGUCACUCGUGUUUGGUUUCCCCCGCCGAGCCAUUACCCGGCAGACAUGAGCACAUCCAGCUCGACGGAGCAGAAUGGGCAGACGGCUGACAGUGGCAGGGGGUCCGAUAGAAUGUCCCGUUCCGACAGCGAGAGUGGAGAAGAUUCCUUGGACGGCCUCCCCAGCUGUAUCCCUCGCUGCCCUUUGACCCCGUCCUUGUCGCCACAAAAACGGACCACCAGCCAAUCCAAGACGGAGCCCCCGCUGCUGAGGACCAAUAAAAGGACCAUCUACACAGCUGGCCGCCCCCCAUGGUACAACGUUACCGGGACCACCUUCAAGGAGGCCUUCGUCAUCGGUCUGUGCGGGGGAAGCGCUUCUGGCAAAACAACAGUGGCCAAUAAGAUCAUUGAGGCGCUGGAUGUUCCCUGGGUGGUUCUUCUCUCCAUGGACUCCUUCUACAAGGUGCUGGAUGAAGACCAGCAGGAGCUGGCGGCAAAGAACGAGUACAACUUCGACCACCCCGAUGCCUUCGACUUCGAGCUGCUGGUCAGCGUCCUCCGCAAGCUGAAGGAAGGAAAAAGCAUCAAAGUUCCCGUGUACGACUUCACGUCUCACUGCAGACGCAAAGAAUGGAAAACUGUAUACGGGGCCAAUGUUGUCAUCUUCGAGGGCAUCCUGGCCUUUUCCAACAAGGAGCUGCUGAAGCUCCUGGACAUGAAGGUGUUUGUGGACACGGACUCGGACAUCCGGCUCAUCCGCCGGCUGAAGAGGGAUGUCUCUCAGCGUGGGCGGGACAUCGGCGGCAUCAUCAAGCAGUACAACAAGUUCGUCAAGCCGGCCUUCGAGCAGUACAUCGAGCCCACCGUGCCGAUGGCAGACAUCGUGGUUCCCAGAGGUGGGGACAACUUUGUGGCGUUGGAUCUGAUCGUUCAGCACGUCCACAGUCAGCUGGAGAAGCGCGAGAUCAAUGUGAGGUCGGCCCUGGCCUCAGCUCACCAGGGUCAGCCGUUACCCGAGACCCUGAGCGUCCUGAAGAGCACGCCGCAGGUGCGCGGCAUGCACACCAUCAUCAGGAACAAGGAGACGAGCCGUGACGAGUUCAUCUUCUACUCCAAAAGAUUAAUGAGGCUCCUGAUUGAACACGCCCUCUCCUUCCUGCCCCUCAAGCCCGUAUCUGUGGAGACGCCGCAGGGUGGAGUUUACGAUGGCAGGGGGCUGAGCGGGAAAAGGAUCACAGGCGUGUCCAUCUUGAGAGCAGGAGAGACCAUGGAGCAGGCGCUCAUGGCCGUGUGCAAAGACAUCCGAUUGGGGAAAAUCCUCAUCCAGACCAAUCACGACACAGGUGAACCCGAGCUGCACUACCUGCGACUGCCCAAGGACAUCAGCGAGGACUACGUCAUCCUGAUGGACAGCACCGUGUCCACAGGCGCCGCUGCUCUCAUGGCCGUCAGAGUGCUGCUGGACCAUGACGUGCCGGAGGACAAGAUCUUCCUGUUGUCGUUGCUGAUGGCAGAGAUGGGCGUCCACUCGGUGGCCUACGCCUUCCCCAACGUGAGAAUCAUCACCACCGCCGUGGACAAGGAAGUCAACGAGCACUUCCACAUCAUCCCGGGCAUCGGUAAUUUUGGGGACCGUUACUUCGGCACAGACGCACCGUCGGACUGGUGCGAAAGUGACGACGGCGUGGAGUUUUGAUGGGACACGUGGAUGUCUCUAGGAACGCUUGGUGCACGGACAUGAGGUCAGAGGGCCCCCUGUCGCCCCCACCCUCUGUGCUGCUUGGCCGCAAACACUCAUGGGCCUCCAAAUACUUGAUGACUUCGCUUACCAGUCUUGUGUUCGUUCUUCACGUGCCUUUCAUUUAUUUCACUGCUUUUUUGCUCUCAUUGGCCAGUUUUAACGGGACAAUUUAAAGGGGCAGCUUCCAUGUUGUUAGCACUAGCAUCAGCACUAAAGAUAGCUUUUAGCAUGUUUUGUAUCACUUGUUAAACCCGAGUGCACUUCUCUCUCCUAUGGGGGAACCCAGGGGUUAAGAACACGGCUCUUAUUUUUCUUUCCUUCUACUUUAAGGAGAUUGACUUGAAUAUUUGUUGUCUUGUGUGACUUGUUGUUACAACUUUCCGUAAAAUGACAAUUCUUCAUACUUGAAGUGGAAAAACAGAACUAAUGGUGUGUUUUCUGCUUUAUUCUUGUUUUUUUGGGCAACACUACCUUUUUCUUAAGUACAAUAUUUAUCCUCAAACUAUAUUGGAAGUAUUUCAAUCAGCUGCUCAUCUGUGUCCACCACACUUGGUGUCACUAGACAAAGUUGGGGGUGGGGGGUUACUAAUACCGCAUCUAUUGAAUUAUCUUUUGUCUUGAUUUGAAAACAAAAAAAAAACAGAACCACAUGGAGCGCCAACUUGUUAGCUGUCAUUUUGGAUAUUCUUAAUUGCUUUAGUUGUAAUAUUAUAGUUUGUAAUAUUAUAGUUGUAAAAGGCAUUACAGUUUUUUAUACAAGCUAUUCCUGCAUUUUUACUUAGCAGUAUUAGAAUUUUGGGUCUGCCCUGCUCCCCAGAACCACUUCGAGGUAAUGCCGCCAUUACCUAACAUAUAUAACAUUUGUAGUAUUUUCCUGUUAACAUGAUUUAUUUGUCUGUCCUCAGAAUAAAAUGUACUAUUUCACUUUA